UUUUUUUAAUUGCGAAGGAAGCGAAACGAUAGCCGGAGAAGCUGGAAGCGAAACGUGAGCGGAAGCCAAGAAAUGGGCGCGCUCUGCCUGCUCCCGUCCACGCCGCCGUCCUGCUCGGGCCGCGGCCUGGCCUCCUCGCCGCGCCCGCCCAGACCCGCGGCCGCGCUUCCCCUGCGCCCCUCCGCUUCUCCCUGGCCGCGGCCCCAGCUCGCCGCGGGCGGGGGCCGGCGGCGGCUCGCCGGCGUGGCGCGUGGCAGCGGGGAGAAGGGGGGCAAGAACGGCGGGGCGGAGUUCUUCCGGGAGGACGGCGUGGUGGACGACAUGGACGGGUACCUCAACUACCUGUCGCUCGAGUAUGACUCCGUCUGGGACACCAAGCCUGCUUGGUGUCAGCCUUGGACAAUAUUACUAACAGGAACCGUUGCAGUUGCGUGUAGUUGGGUGCUCAUCCACUCUGCUGUGAUUACCGGAGGAGUUUCUUUUGUAAUAUGUGCAUGGUGGUACAUAUUUCUUUACUCCUAUCCUAAGGCAUACACCGAUAUGAUAUCCGAGAGGAGGAAAAAGGUGGCCAGCGGUGCUGAAGAUACCUACGGGAUGGAGAAAAUGUAACCUUGUUUGUAGUAUUAUUUCCAGGGAUAGAUAGAAAAUGGUUCUGCAGGUUGCACUACUGAUAUGUAGAAUUUAUUCCUCACAAAAUCGCUACAUCAAAAUACAGAAUCAUGCUUCUCGGCUGCUUCCUCAUUUUUUCCUUCUUCAUUGGAGUGUGCCUCACUACCUUGGAAAAAGAUCAGCAUUGUACA